GGAGCGGGCCUGUAAACAUCUGCCACCACUUGGUAAUUUUUCUGAUACGGGCCCGAGAAUGAACGACGAGGAAAUUAUAAAGCAGCGUCUACUGAUUGACGGAGAUGGAACGGGCGAAGACCGACGCCUAAAUGUGUUGCUUAAGCAUUUUCUGAAGUGGGCCAACUCUAAGAACGACUCGCCGGAGACCAGCCAGGUUAUGUACGACAGGUUAAUGGCCCAGUUUGCACAGUGCAAGCUGACAGCGAUGAAAAACGUACAAACGCUUCAGAUGAUCAAUGCAGAAAGGGACAACUACAGUCGGUUAGUGGAGCAGCACGAGGAGAGCAUAGUCCUAGCCCGGGAUGAAAUAGAGGCUAGCAAGAAGGAACUUAUUACCGCUAAACAGAUAAGGAAGAACAAAAUGGAAUAUGAUCUUCUGGCCGAGCUCAUCGAAAACCAACCCGACAGGAAUGGCACCCAGGGUCAGAUCGAGACUAUUCGGCGGGAGAUCGACGACUUAGUGCAAAAGAAGUUGAAGAUGGAGCGAAAGUUCCAAAAGCGGCGUAAUGAUUUCACCUUGCUUAUGUACACCAUCCACGAGCUGGAGCAGCAGCUGGAGCAGGACAACAGCUCUUCCUCGGCUUCGUCGACGGUUAGUGAAAGCGAUACCCGUUCAGGGCACGAUUUGGACGACAACGGAAUCAUGGAGGUGAGCGACGAAGAUGAUGAUCUCAACAACAGCGGCCCCACCAAGUUCGAUGGUGCUCGUGGGGAGCAAAAGUAUCCAUCUGUAUCCACGGAGGACUCUAAAGCAAUGUCCGUUGAGGAGGAUACUGUGUUGGAACUUAGCAUUGAUAAAGAUGAGCACGACGUGGAUGUAGCUGUAGCUAGUUAGGGUCUUAGAAUUCCCGUCACUUUAAUUAAAAUAAAUGCGAAAAUAAUAUAUUCCUUAUAGCAUCUGUCAAUUUUAUCGUAUUCUGCAAACUAUGUAUAAUAAAAACUGAUAAAACUUCCAAAA